UUAAAAAAGGUGGAAAACUCGAGGAAAGUGAUCUUAAUUGGGGCCGAGAGGUUUUACAAACACUUGGCGCACGUCGGAAAACACAAAUUUGAAACGACCAAUCCCGUAUUUUCAGCAACGAGAAACGGCCUCAGGUGGCGAUACACCCGAACAACUGCCACCAUCUUUAUUGAGGGCAAUGAUUCAUGGGACGCAUGCGCAGCUGCCAACUUUGACGGAGUGAAAACUGCUGCGAGACGCGUGCGUCACCUUCUCUGGCAAAGCGAUAAGGGAGCAUUUGGACAGAUUAAAUUCAGCCAAGAAAAAUGUUUUUUUUUAUCUGACUCUCCAGUGAUCAUUGCAAAAGACCUGGGCCUGUGGAGAAGGUGAUUCUUGUACUGCAGUGGUUCGUGUGGUGAUGGUGUUCCCAAAGCGUGAUUAGGGAGCCCGACAAUCCGGAGAUUUAUACUCCAACCUCGAUUUUCGAGGUCAUCAAUAUGGUUUUGCAAGGCCCACACCUCUCGCUCCUGCACCUGGAUCCGACUGGAUGAAGACUCCAUCUCAGCUUCCAAGGCCUUAGUUCGACCCUCCACCUCCUCCAGCCUCUCCCCGAGGCCCUGGAUCUCCUGCUCAUGCUUCUGCAGCAUGGAUCUGAUAGGUUGGACCUGGGCGCGAAUCUCCCCACGGAUUUCCUCAAUUGCAGCCGCAACCUUCAAGGAUACUAAUUGAGAAUAAUUGAGACCGGGAUCUCAAACAAGUUCUGACAGUCAGGAGAGUCAUCAAGAUCUGAAUAUCAUUGGCUUUAACAGUGGAAGGAGAAAGGUUGAUUUGUAACAAAGUUUAAAAACACACAGAUCUCAGGAUUCUGAACAUUGAAGAAAAAACCCAUCACACUGGGAGAAACACUUACUGUCUGUGUGUGAAAGAUUCUGUGAAGAUUCAUCUGACAUGCCCAAACGCCAGCGCAGUCAGACCGCGAAGACAUUGUGGAAAUGUGGGGAUUGUGGGAAGGAAUUUCUUUAUCCAUCCCAGCUGAAAAUGCACCAACGCAGUCACACUGGGGAAAAGCCAUUCACCUGCUCUCAUUGUGGAAUGAGAUUCACUCAGUCAUCCCAUCUGCAGAUGCACCAACGAGUCCACACUGGGGAGAGACCAUUCACCUGCUCCCAGUGUGGGAAAGGAUUCAGUCAGUCAUCCAACCUGCUGAAACACCAGCAGAUUCACACUGAGGAGAGACAAUUCACCUGUUCUGAAUGUGGAAAAGGAUUCACUCAAUCAUCUAAAUUGCCAGAACAUCAGGGAGUUCAUACUGGAGAGAAACCAUUCACCUGUUCUGCUUGUGGGAAGGGAGUUACUCAGUCUUCCAGCCUGCAGAUACACCAGCCAGUUCACACUGGGGAGAAACCGUUCAUUUGCUCAGUGUGUGGGAAGGGAUUUACUCGGUCAUCCAACCUGCUGAUACAUCAGCGAGUUCACACUGGGGAGAGACCAUUCAUUUGCUCCGUAUGUGGGAAGGGAUUCACUCGGUCAUUCAACCUGCAGAUACAUCAGCGAGCUCACACUGAAGAGAGACCGUUCGUUUGCUCUGUGUGUGGGAAGGGAUUCAUUCGGUCAUCCAACCUGCUGAUACACCAACGGGUUCACACUGGGGAAAGACCAUUCACUUGUUCCGUCUGUGGGAAAGGAUUAACUCAGUCCUCCCACUUGCAGAUACACCAGCGAGUCCACACUGGGGAAAGACCAUUCAUCUGUUCACUGUGUGGGAAAGGAUUCAGUCAAUUAUCCAACCUGCGGACACAUCAGCGAAUUCACACUGGGGAGAGACCAUUCACCUGUUCUGAAUGUGGAAAAGGAUUUAUUCGCUCAUCUGAGCGACUGGAACACCAGGGAGUUCACACUGGAGAGAAACCAUUCACUUGCUCACUGUGUGGGAAAGGAUUCACUCAGUUAUCCAAGCUGCAGAGUCACCAGCGAGUUCAUACUGGGGAGAGACCAUUCACCUGCUCUGAUUGUGGAAAGGCGUUUACCCAAUCAUCCAACCUGCGGAGACACCAACGAAUUCACACUGGGGCAAAACAUUCAUUUGAUCAACCUACGUGCUGAUAGUGUUCGCUCUGGGGAGAGACAUUCAUUCAUCAGUGUGAGAAGGGAUGCACUCUGUCAUCCAAACAGUGAAAUGACACUGGGUUCAUCCUGUUCACCUACUCGUGUUUGUGUAAAUGGAUUUGCUAUUUGCAAAUACACCAAGAAUCACAGGUGAAGGGUUUUGCUUGUCCUGACACCAAGGAAUGUACCUUGGUCAUUGGGCUGUUUGUGUUUGUUAUUAAACCCAGCUCUGUUCAAAGUACAGAUGUUGUCGGUAAAAUAUUGAUACAAU